AUGCAGUCAGAGAGUAUUGCAGAGAAUACUUUGGUUGAUAAUUGUUCUGCAGGUGACUGUAAUUUACGAAAUCGACCGUUGCUAUUGAGAAUUAACGGAAAAUUAUACGAUGUAGCAUUAUUUGCUGAAAAACAUCCUGGGGGACAACAGAUUCUGAGACGUUUAGAAGGCGAGGAUGUUAGUGAUUAUAUGAAUGGCAUGAAAAACAUUAACGGUAUUAAACAUAUACAUUCCAAAGCGGCGUAUCGGAUGCUGGAACGAUAUUGCGUAGAAGAUCAAUAUAAUGAAACUGAUGACUUACUUUCUAACGAGCCUAUGUUGAAAAAAGUUGGUAAUUUGGGUGAUCGUUACUGGACAUGGAUUCACCAGCCGUAUGAAGGUUCGCUUCGACUUUUCGAAUCAAACAUUCUUGAAAGUAUGACCAGGACAAGUUGGUGGGUGGUGCCGCUAGUCUGGAUGCCUUUUGUAAUUGCUAUUACUGUGCGUGCUUUUUCGAUCGUUUUCCUUGACUAUGGAUUUCUCUAUGGAUUGUUAUUUUGGGCAGUUUUUUUCACGUUAGGUGUUCUCAUGUGGACUCUACUAGAAUAUCUUCUUCAUCGUUGUAUAUUUCAUUGGCAGCCAAGCCCGAAGUCGCGUUUCCAAAUUACUUUGCAUUUCCUCUUACAUGGAUUACAUCACAAGACACCUCUGGAUAGUGAUCGUUUGGUUUUUCCACCAAUACCAGCUUGUUUUUUUUUCUCGUUUCUUUACUUCAUGUUUGAUCAAUUACUUCCCUAUGACUUAUUUUACUGUUUUGGAGGUGGCAGUCUGUUCGGUUACAUCAUGUAUGAUUGUUUACAUUAUUACUUGCAUCAUGCAGAUCCAUUACCGGGCACGAGUCUUCAUUAUCGGAAAGUUUACCAUAAUAACCAUCAUUUCAAAAAUUCUGAUUUAGGUUUGUUUCUUUCAAAUUUCAACGUUAUUCUACUAUUUCUCUGCAUGUUAUAA